UCGGCAUCAUUUCAAAACGCUUCACUGCUAGGGAGGAACGGGGCUUCAGAUGAUGGCAAGAAUCCCCGACUCCGAUCGUCCUCUACUAUGGAUGAGAGAUUCAACGUCCAACGUGGUUCAUUUCACAGUACAGUACUGCAGUACAAAAUGUGCAUUUGGAUUGCGUCUAAACUCAACAGGAAUAAGGGAUGCCCACAGGAGGCUCAGUAGGAUAGUUGCUCUCAACCGACCAAUAUUCAAUUCAGGUUUGGUUGUCGUUGCUGACGGACCCGAUAUAUCGCAAGCGCGCCGAAUGCCCAGAGUUUGGUGUACACUGCAAUGGGAGUGGCACCAGACGGUAACAGUCAUCGACUAAUGAGAUUGGGACGAUAUUCAAUUGGAUGAGGACGAGUUCAGAUCAAAUGCCUACACUUCAACGAGCAUUGAGAUUGUUUUAGACAACAAACGCACUACGAACGCGCUGCGAGAGUUGUGAGAUGCAAUCUAUUCUUGAUACGAUAAACCACCAGGAACACAACGCAAAUUUAUAUCAAGGGCCAAAGCUUUCAGAGAACAGAAAUUGUUCUAUAUGUGAAAAGACGUGACAAAAUACAUCUGACUACAGCUAUCUCUUUACAGUUUGCGAUACUUUUUGGCUGAAACCACAAGUGUUGUUGACGCGAAAAGACCCAACACCGUGAAGACAAGAUCUUCAUGGAGAAAUGCGGAUUUUGUCACCUGAUGUAUACUUGGGGUGACUGUUCAGUCCAUAUAGGUUGAGUCAACCUUCAGUCAUGGCUAGGGUCGUAGACAUGAUUGCAGCUAACUUGGACAUUUCUCGUUUUAUAGUUCUCGUGACUGGCAAUAUAGUUUAAAUACAUGGAAGGGUUUUCCUUUCAAUGCUUUCAAUCUCUAGUCCAACUGUGAACAUGAAGGAUGGGUUGGCUUUAUGCGAGCGCCUGAGUCUGGUGUGUCUUUGUGAAUGGAUAAUCUGGAGGCAAAACGACCAUCCAACACACAACACGAGUUUCCGCCCUGUUUCAUGAAACCAUUUUAAGGCUUAUGUCAGGCGAAGCCACUUGACGAAGGAAGAGUGUGUACUUUAGUCAAUACCGAUUCUGCAUUCUAGUCAGCCAAGGCGUCCCAUCGCGUACCAAAGGGGAAUAUUACAGUCUUUUUUCGGCCAACUCAGGAAGGCAUUUGAUCGCUGGAUUCGCAACAAAGAUGGAAGUGUCAGAAGUACCGCCAGAGGGAGGGACGCCUCAGUUGGCAAAAAUAUGUGGCAUUCAGUUCGGACUGAUGACCACAGCCAACACUCUCAAUAUGUCAGUGCUCGUAACUCGGGAGGGUUCCAUCAGAUCAAAAGACCCAAUGAAUGCAUACUUUGGACUUCCAACGCCGAGCGGGAAGUGUCUAACUUGUAACGGUGUGACAGUGGAUGAGUGUCAAGGACACUUCGGUCACAUUCUCUUGUCUCUACCGAUCUUCCAUCCAAAUUAUGUGGAGGCUCUUGUAACAUUGCUGAGGAGGAUCUGUCUGAACUGUGGGCAGCUUCGAAAGAAAUCAAAGUUAUCAAGCUAUCAUGAGUCUUCUCUUGCACUCCUUGCUGGCGCGGAUCACCAGGCCCAGAGCAACUUAGGAACACACUCCAAUUAUCAGUCACAUGAACCAAAAGGAACAGAGUGCAAUACUUCCAAUCCAGUUCAUGCUGAUAUCGGAAUGUCAUCUGAAUCCAACUCCAGAAACAAACGAAAGCUUGAGGAGGCUCUUGACGAGGACAUCGACGAUUGGCCAGAUGGUCUUAAACCAUGCAUUUCUCCGGAGGAAGUGAUAGUUUUGUCUUCAGAUGAUUCUGACGAGGACUUUAGUGGCAAGGCGAAAGAGUUACAAGGUAUGGAGACAAACUGUAAGACAGGACAAGUCACAAAAUGCGCCUCUCCUGGGAUACCUACGAGCUCUAGGAAGAUGCUAAGGAAGAGAAAAACUGUGAGCUAUACCGAGGAGCUCAACUGCAAAUCGCCAGAAUCAGAAUUUGCAGUUCCUUCGAAAGGCAGUGGUUCUAAAGCAUAUAAAAGACGCAGGACUUCUAUGGAGUCCAGACAAACAGAAAAAAGCAGGGUAAUAUUAUCUGGUGACACCGUGGAACCUGCUUCUAAAAGUGUUAAAUUCGCCACGAAAGUAUGCAAGUACUGCUCAGCAUCGUCCCGAAGACUCGGCUAUCCAAAGCCAGAUAUCAAUGUGCAUGUAAACUUGAAAGGAGCAAGCAACGAGGAUCCUUUUAACUCGGUGAAGUUCAUCAAGAUGAGUGUUAAGCCCAAAGAAAGAGAAAACCUUGCUGCUGAUUAUUGGGACUUUGUUGAGGGAUCAUCAAAGCUUGAGAAACCUUUAAAGCGGGGUUCAAGAUACCUGCUACCGUCUGAAGCACUUAAUAUACUGAAGAAGAUCCCUCAGAAAUCCAUUACUGCUCUCGGAAUGAAAGCAAACAUUGCUUGUCCAGAGGCAAUGAUUCUUGAGUGUCUUCCUGUACCACCCAACUGUACACGAUUGCAGGAAGAUGCGUUUGGAAAGGGAGGAACCAACCUCGGCUUCAAAAUUGGGGUUGAUAGAGCAACUCAAGCGUUCGAAAGACUUGUGAGGAAAAUCAAUAUCAUCAAGACCUCGAGAUUUGGAAAACCGUCAUUUCAAGCCGCAGUCGUCGAAUGCUGUGUUUUGCAGGCUUUAUUUCAGCAAUAUCUGCGUGAAAAGGGUGCUCCAAAGACUGCUCCGGGUAAAGAGAAGAAGAAAGUUGAUACAAGUGGAAGACUUCAACACCGUCCGACCAGAUGGAGUUUGGAUUGGCUCAAGAAAAAUCUGAUUGGGAAGAGAAGUGGAUUUUCGGCACGUAAUGUUGUGACCGGGGAUCCGUACUUGAGUGUUGAAGAGAUUGGAGUGCCUAUGGAUAUUGCUAAGCAUGUAACUUAUUCCGAGAGGGUUACUGAUUUCAAUCGAAGUAGAUUACAAGAGUACAUUGACAUUGGUCAAGAUCUUGGUAAAUCAAUGGCAUGUGGAGCGGUGAGGAUUAUAAGAAAAGACGAAAGGCGAGAGGUCACGCGGAAGACAGAGAUUGAUCUGCAGACAGGAGAUAUCGUUCACAGACAUCUCAAAGAUGGAGAUUUAGUCUUCGUUAACCGGCCUCCUUCAUUACACAAACAUUCCCUGCUUGCUUUGAAGGCAAACAUUCACUCUGGAGCCACAUGGACCAUCAAUCCUGCGAUUUGCGCUCCACUGCAUGCAGAUUUUGACGGAGAUUGUUUGCAUGUAUUUGUUCCUCAGACCGAGGAGAGUAGAGCUGAACUACAUCAGCUUAUGACUAUACCUGCACAGAUUUUGCCGUCUCCAGAUGAGAACACAAUUUUGGGGCUUUCUCAAGAUUAUGUAUUGGCCACGUACCUGGUGACUUCUUCUCCACUAUUUUUGCCCAAGGAUUCCAUGCAUCAGCUAGCAAUGUGGACGAAGAAACAGCUCCCUGUUCCCACAAUCGUAAAAUCGCCAAAGCUAGGACCAUUGUGGACAGGAAAGCAGGUCAUUGACCUGGCAAUUCCGGAAGGAUUCUCCUUUCAGAGUAAUAACGGGGCAACCCGAAUUCAUGAUGGUGAAAUUUUGUCAUGUGGAGAGAAGUCAAAUUGGUUGGCUAGUACUAAAGGCUUGGUGCGCAUUAUUGCUCAAAAGAAUACAGAUGCAGCUGUGGAGCAUAUCGACUGCUCGCAAGCAGUAUUGCGUGAAUGGUUACUUUCACAAGGAUUCAGCGUAAGCCUCGAGGACUUUUAUGCAGCUCCAGAUCAAGACAUGAGGAGAAAGUUGAAAUACAAGAUAGAAGAUAAUUUGGAGCAUGCACAGUGCAUGUUUGUUUGCAGGGGUGAUAAGAAGAUCCUGAACAUAAAUACCUCUUCAAACGCGUCCAUGUCGAUCCUUGAUUCGGCAGCGCCAUCAGAACGCAGGAGAAGGAGGCACGGUCUCGAAGAUGCUGCGAUUUCUUCUUUCCGUCAAACUCAAAGCCAGAUUGGAGAAACCUUCAUAGAAUCGAUAUCUGACAGCAAUUGUUUGCUUACUAUGGUUCGCUCUGGAAGCAAAGGAUCGAAUCUGAAGGUUAUGCAGCAGAUUGGAAGCCUUGGUUUCCAGGUCAUUAAAGGCGAAGAACUGUUAUCCACUCACAAGAACCCGAAGUUAGUUCGCCUUGCUGCAAGUAUGGGUUACUCUAUGGAAAAUGACCUGCAAGACAUCUGGGAAAUUCGUGGUUUAGUCAAGAGCUCUCUCCUGGAUGGUUUGGAACCACAUGAAUUUUUUGUACAUGCAAUAUCAGUACGGGACGGGCUAUUUCGUCAGAGUCUGGACAUUGCUGAACCAGGAGAAUUGUUCAAAAGACUCAUGCUCUUCUUGCGUGAUAUUCACAUCGCAUAUGAUGGCACAGUCAGAAACAUGGGUGGGCUGGAAAUCAUUCAGUUUGAGUACGACGGGGGAAAAUGUAUGACUCAAGAUUCGGAAAACAAGAAUACUCUCUCGAACAAAACUGUAAUGCCAGGAGAUGCAGUAGGUAUAUUAGCAGCAACUGCAAUCUCUCAGCCCGCAUACCAAGUCAUGCUUGAGGCGACUCAAUGUCUUGCUUCGAGAAAAAUACGUCCUUUGGAGCUUCUGCAGGAAUCGUUGUUUCCAAGGAGUACCUCGAAAUUGAAAGAGUCAGAUCGGGUAUCCAUUCUGAGGCUACAUAGGUGCAAGAGUGAUGGGAAGUAUUGCGAAGAGAGACGUGUACUGAAACUUCAAGAUGAACUUCAACCGGUCACAAUGGAGAUAUUGGCCACAGAAACUGCAAUCGCGUAUUCGUCUGAUUCAUCGGAACAAUGGGAAGGCUUGGACUGUGCCGCUACAGAGCUGAAGCAGACAGAGUUUUUCCCCUGGGUUGGACAUGUUCAGCUUGAUAAGAUGGUCUUGACUGAAAAGAAAAUAAGCCAAGAAAUGAUUCUCGACAGACUUCAUUCAAAAGUUAAAAUUCACAAAAGUGUCUCGCGUAAAUUUCGAAUUGGGAAUAUCGUCUUUUGUAUCAGAGACAGUUGUACUUGUGAUAUGAACAUCUACCAAGAAACCGUAAAACUACGCCAAAAGGAAGUAGUUGGACCUUGUCUGCAUUUUUUACUGACACGAAGUACGAGGGGGAAAGUGAGAAGCAUCAAAACAGUUAAGGAAGUGAGCAACGAAACCGUCGAAUUAUUGGAAGUUUUGCAGAAUUUCAUCAUCCCCGAAAUUCUGAAGACGGUAGUCAAAGGCAGUGAGAAACUACAAAGCGUCAAUAUCUUGUGGGAAGACGCGACAUGGUCUCCUCCUGUAAAAUCGGAGGAGAAUGACAGCAAUGUCAUGAAAUCAGGUAGAGGGGAGCUCGUCUUAGAAGUCACAGUCAAGGAGUUAUACAGCCAAUCUCGUGGUAUGCCAUGGAGGACUGUUCAAGAAUCGUGUAUUCAAUUCGUGGACUAUGUGGACUGGCAAAGGAGCUCACCAUACAGCAUUCAGGAGAUUAAAAGCGUUUUGGGGGUCGACGCAGCACGGGAUGUUUUGUUGCAGAGGUUGGAGUUGGCGGCAGGUAACUCUAUUGGGAACAAGCAUCUGAAGUUGGUAGCUGAUUUUAUGGUUUACUCUGGUGAAGUCCAAGGAUUGACUUCAUACGGAUACAGAGACUGGAUGCGCAGCCUUAAAUUCUCAUCUCCUUUCACAGCUGGUGCUUUCAGAGCUCCCAUAAAACAUUUUCUUGAAGCGGGAAGAAAAGGUGCCACUGAAAGGUUCAGCGGUGUGCUGGCGUCGUCCGUAUUUGGAAAGAAAGUUCCGUUAGGAACAGGAGCAGUAUUUGACCUUAAUCUUAACAUGGAGACUAAGUUCACAAGUUCGAGUUCAACGAAUUUGAAUUCCGAGGGUUCUGCUGAAAGUGAUCCAGGUGGAUCAGUUGAUGUUCUCGCUCGCUUGAUUGAAUUGAAUACCGAGAUUGGUGUCCAAGAUCUAUCAGCAAAAUCAGAGGUAGAUACAUACGAUGGAAACAACUCAUGUCAAGUAAUCGAGUGGGGAUCUAGUCCGGGCAUUUCAAAGUCUGAAGGAGUGUGGGACGUUAAAAAUAAUGGGCCAGCAAAGACAGCAGUGGAUCCUCGGAAUAGGGGAGACGAUCAAAAUAAUGAUGCGUGGGGUACGAGUGAUAAUAUCCCACAGUGGGGAGCCGGCGUUGCAGGGCGGGAUUGGCCCUCUGUUGAAACUUUAGAUCCCUGGGGGCAGUGACCCUUACAUGUCAAACUUUCAAUGAUGUACUAAAGUUUGCUGUUGUCAGUUUGGAAACCAAACAUACAAACCUUGUGACAAAAAAAAAUCACUCCACAGAUACAAAAACCAUUGAUUGAUCGCCUUCCAAACGAGAACAUUAACGGCCACAUCUUCGAAAUGGAAACGCAUUAAAUUUAAAGAAAUUAGAUAUGAGUUGA